GUAGAUUACAAGUGGAACAGCACUAGUUCAACCAAAACAGGUUAUCAUGACACAUUCAGUUUGUGCAUAAUGAUUAUAUCUUUUGGUUUCUGAGAACGGUUGAAAAAAUUUAAAGAAAUCUCUUUCACUCGUUGAUUUCUCGUUUUUUAUCUCUUCCAAUUAUGCCUGUCACUGUCAUGCACAAAUUGCUUGAUAAAGUCAAGCAUCCACGACAAUCGUUGCUACACCGUAAGAACAGCAGCGAGUCGCAACAAAUGGCGCAAUACCAACUCCCUGUAUCCCCACGAUCCUCCAGUCACAACAGAUCCAGCCAUCAUGAGAAUAAUGAGGAUAGAUCGCCCAAGAAAACGUCGACUUCAUCCAGACAAUAUUCCCGUUCUCAUUCCUCGCCCUCGCUUCCCAAUUCCCCUCCUCAAUCACCUGUUCGUCUUUCAUUCCGAAAAAGCAGCGGUCACGAACGCGCCCCGUUAUCGAAUACUUCGGAGAGUUCAAUUCCAGAGAGAAAAGAAAAAGAAUCGGCCGAAUUGUCGCUUCAAGAUUUCAAGCUGUUGCGAACCCUUGGCACAGGAUCCUUUGGAAGAGUUCACUUGGCCCAGUCGAAACACAACAAGCGUUACUAUGCCAUCAAAGUAUUAAAGAAAGCCGAAAUCGUCCGACUGAAGCAAGUCGAGCAUACCAACAGCGAACGCGCUGUCCUCAUGGACGUGCAGUGUCCCUUCAUUGUCAAUUUGUGGGGCACAUUCCAAGACAGUCAAAACUUGUUCAUGGUCAUGGAUUACGUUGCUGGCGGUGAAUUGUUCUCUGUCUUGAGAAAAUGCAAACGAUUCACUGAAGAUGCUGCACGCUUCUAUGCUGGUGAGGUGCUUUUAGCGCUUGCGUAUUUGCACAGCCAUGAUAUCAUCUAUCGAGAUUUGAAACCCGAAAACAUUUUGCUGGAUUCGCGGGGUCACAUCAAGAUGACUGAUUUCGGAUUUGCAAAGAAGGUGCGCCGUAAUACAUGGACAAUGUGUGGUACUCCUGAUUACCUUGCCCCGGAAGUCAUUGAGUCCAAAGGUUAUGGCAAAUCGGUCGAUUACUGGUCGCUUGGCGUUCUUAUUUACGAAAUGUUGGCAGGACACGCACCUUUCUACGAUGAAAGCCAGUUCCGACUAUAUGAAAAGAUUCUUACCACCGAGCCUCAAUACCCUUCUCAUUUCAGUUCAGAAGUAAAGGAUUUGCUGCGCCACUUAUUGACCACGGAUCUUACCAAGCGAUACGGUAAUUUGAAGCGUGGAUAUAAAGAUAUCAUGGACCACCGUUGGUUCGCGCCUUUGGAUUUCGAUAAACUGUCUAAAUGCGAAAUUGAUGCUCCCUAUGUUCCUCACAUUUCCGGUGGCGGCGACACCAGCAAUUUUUUGAAAUACAAAGAAGGAAGUCUCAAAUACGGCGGAUCGGGUGAUGAUCCUUACCAUGAGCAAUUUGAAGCGUUCUAAAUCAAAUCCCAUCAUUUUAUAACUUAGUCUUGUUUUUGGUUUCUCUUAAUUUGAUCUGUCUUUUUGUAAUUUUUCCUUUUUUGUUCUUCGUUUUUAUUUGUUUUAAUUGCUUCCUGUAAAUAACAAUCUUUAUUCCUUUGACAACCCUGAUCAAAAAUGGUAUGUAUCGCACACAAAGGGAGC